CAAACAAAAAGGAUCCCUUUCAAAAUUUCAAAAAAUAUCGCAGCCAAAUCCAUACACUUAUUUUAUAAUACAAUCUAUUUAAAUUAAUACCAUUCAAAUGCAUGCAUUGUUAAAUUAAAAGUAGUCCCCACCAUCAUCCUCACUCUUCCCAAGUAGUAACUCAGAAGCCCAACUUUAUUUUUCUCCACAAUAAUCAUUUGAUAGGCAGAGAAAAGACUUAAAAAAGCUCCACGCUCUGCUAAAAAAAGGCCGGCUUUAUUUGCACCCAAAUAGUAUUCUUGACUUAUAAACAAGAAACGAACAAUUUUCUAUUGUCGCCUGCAAGCUUAUUCCUUCACCUCCCAUUUGUCUCCCUCUUUAUAACUGUCCUCUUUCAACAUCGACCAAAAGAAGAACAAGAAAAAAUGAUGAAAAUUACGACGGAAAGCGAAGAAAUUGUUCUCCUAAAAGAACAAGAAAAGGAAUUAGAAGAAGACGAAGACGGCGAAGAAGAAGAAGCAUUAUCACUGUGUGAUCUUCCGAACAAUGAAGAGAACCAAACGAAGAAAGAAGCUUCUAGAAGUACUAGUGAAGAAGCCGCCCAAUUAGAAGAUUUUGAUUUUAACUCUUCUGGUGGUAAUUUGUUGAAAGGAUCAGAGAUGUGUACGGCAGAUGAAAUUUUCUACAAAGGCCGAAUAUUGCCUCUCCGUCAUUCAAUUAGUUUGCCAAGUGAUCGGCGCAAUUGUCAUGACACAAAUUCAAGUAGUAGAAGUAGCAGUAUUCGAAGCCAACGUUCAUCUAGCAGUGGCAGUUCUUCUAAUUUCAACACGAAAUACAUGCCUAAGAUUCGAAAUCAAUUUCAUUCACAUCCUAGUCCAACACCUCAGGUUCGAUUUUCUAAAGUUAAUAUUCAAUCAAAUGUCAACAAUUCAACUCGAAAAUCAGCAUUGUGGAGUCUUUUUCGUGUUGGUCUAGUGACUCCACCAGAAAUUGCAUUACAAGAUCUGAAAAACAGAGGAAACAGAGAUAUUUCCGGAAGUCGAAAUAGCACCAGCAGUAGCAGCAGCGGCAGCUUCAGCAAUAAUGAUAAUAGAAUGAAAAUUAUACUAAGCAAGAAAAAGAAACAGAGAUUUUCACUUGGCAGCUGCAAAUGUUCAGCAAAUGCAGUAGAAACAGUUCCUAUCGUGAACAGUAGAAGUACAAUUAAGAAAAUAAGAAAAGCCACCGGGGACCAUGAACAUGAAGAUGAAGAUAAGAAGAAUUCAUCAGAGAAUAUCAAAGCGACAAAAAAACAAGCAAUGUCGCGUCAUCGAACGUUUGAGUGGUUAAAGCAACUUUCACUAGAAGGUCCAUCAGAUGAAACAUAAAGAUUUCAAAGCAUCACGCAUGCUUAGCUUGUUUUUUUUUUCCUUCUUUUAAGUAAUGUUGACUUCUUCUUUUUUUUGUUGUUGUUGCUUUUUUUUUGCGUAGUGAAAUCAUGAAGUUAAUUAAUUGAGGACGCAAUUAUAAUGUAAAAAGAACAAAAAAAAAAGUAAAUUAAAGCUAAGGUGUUUGAUGUGAAUUGUGAUUAAAUAAUGACCAUUAUUUUUUGUCUUUGAGUAAAAUUAAUAAUUGAAGAUGGGAAGGCCGUGAUGAGUGGAAAGCUGUGAGUUGUAGUGAAUAGAUGUGGGAAUUUUGUGGCGUGGUUGAUGAUGCUAUUGCUCGUCAUGAUUAAAGUGUGAACUUUCAUGAAAUUGUUUUACUACUUUUUCUA